AUGAUGCGGUGGCGGCUGCGGUGGUGGCGGUGGCCGCUGGCUAUCACGGUGGCAACCACCACACCCAAGUCUACUGGUCCACGCGGCAUGUACGCUCGAUUCAGCAACGAUGAAAAGCGGAUGGUUGUGGAGUUCAUCAGGGAGCGCUGUGCUGAUUCGGUUGCCAUGGGCAUCAACUUCAUGCACCGGGACCACAGCGGCACCUUUAACUCCGAGCACCCCUUGAAGGAGUCCACGGUCUCUGGCUGGCUGGCUAAGUACAAGGAGAACCCGACCAUCUUUGGGGCUGGGGUUGCCACACCCGGCCGUGGCCGCAAAGCCUCCCUGCCGAAUGAUGCGUUCGCCGUGGCCAAGGCCGUGAUCAUGGAGAUGGUGCUCAGUGGGCUCAACGUCACCUCAGGGACGCUGCAUGAGCCUAUAAUCGAGAGGCUGCGGGAGGCCGGCUAUGCCUACCUUCUGGCCGGUAGUGGCGGCACCUUUACGUGCAGUCGGGCCUGGAUCCGCAAGGUCUGCAAGGGCCUGCACCUCUCCAACCGGGCUGCAACGUCUGCAGCGCAAAAGCUACCCGCCGACUGGGAAGACAUUGCCCGGCUCUUCCUGCUGCAGAUUGCCUACCUGGCCUUCAAGCACGCAAUCCCGAAGGCGCUGGUCGUGAACGCGGAUCAGACUGGCUGCAACAUUGUGCCCGUCAGCAAGCGUACAUACGGCAGGACCCCCGACAGCGACAGCAGCGCGAGGAUCGGGUGCCGGCGCCUCAGCAGGGGCGCCAACCGGGUCCAGCUCCGGGGCCUGCGAAAAGAGGGCAUUAGCACGGGGAGCAGAACGAGAAACUUGCUUUCGGGCAUGGUGGCGCAUUUCCACGCCCAAAGCAAAACGGUGCACCUGUCAGAGGCCUUCCAGGCCCACCUCAAGUGCAAGUGCCCCGGCAUCCUGCUCAAGUAUGUGCCAGCCAACUGCACCUCCAAGCUGCAGCCAGCAGACACGGGCCUGCAGAAGCCACUCAAGGAUGCUAUCCGCAAUGAGGCAAGCAAGGCCUUCCGGUGGCAGCUGGAGUCGCAGUUCAACAGCAGCGUUGCCCCCCAGGAUGCUGUGCUCAACCUGCACACAUCCGCCAUGAAGCCGCUCGUCUGCAGCUUCAUCCUCGCCGCCUGGCUCUACCUAAUAAGCCAACCCCAGAUCGUCCUGCAUGCCUGGGACAGCGCAACACUCUCGAAGGCGUGGGACCAGGAUACCAUCGACCAGGCGGCCCGGAAGCACCCCAUGCUUGAGCGUGUACUUGAGCACGUCACGGAGCUGGAUGCAAAGUUCAGCAUGCUACCAGCAGACAAGGUGGAGGCCAUGCGUGCAGCAAUGGCUGCCAAGCGGGCGGCCAAACUUAACGAGCAGGCCAAGCGGCAGGGCGGUGUGAAGGGCGGCCGGACCAAGCAGGGCAACAAGCACGGCCGGGGGACGAAGCGUGCAGAGCCGGAGGGUAGCAAUGAGGAGAUGGAGCACGAGGAGGAUGAGCCAGAGCCCAGCAGCAGCGAGGAGGAGAGCGAGGAAAGCGAGGCUCCAUCCGAUUGCGAGGAUGAGGGGGACGUGGAUGGGGAUAAGGGGGAGGAGAGCGAGGAUGAGGGUAUGGACUUCCGCAGCGAUAUGGACUUCCGCAGUAGUGCGGCACUCGAAUGGUGGACGACUAACAGUAGUCGCUUUAGCCGCCGCAGCUAA